AUGACAAUGAGGGGAGCAAAAGCUGCUCUCUGUUUCAUGGCAUUUCUGUGGUCUUGGACGUAUGGAAAUGGAUUGCUUUCUCCUAAAGGUGUAAACUUUGAAGUUCAAGCUUUAAUGGACAUAAAGGAAUCUAUGGUGGAUCCUCAUGGUGUGUUAGAUAAUUGGGAUGACGACUCUGUUGAUCCAUGUAGCUGGACAAUGGUCACUUGCUCUCCUGAAAGCCUGGUUAUUGGCCUAGGCACACCUAGCCAAAGUUUAUCUGGCACCCUUUCUCCAAGUAUUGGCAACUUGACAAAUCUUCAGAUUGUGCUCUUACAGAACAACAACAUAACAGGAGCAAUCCCUCGGGAUAUUGAGAGGCUCUCAAAGCUUCAUACACUUGAUAUUUCCAACAACUUCUUCACUGGGGAUAUUCCCUCCUCUCUUGGACACCUGAAAAGCCUUCAAUACUUGUAA